UCAGCUAUUUGUGGUCUAGGUGGCGUUGGGAAAACGUCUCUCGCUGUAGAAUUUCUCUGGCAACAAAAGGGAGAAUAUCCAGGGGGGAUUUUCUGGAUUUCGGGCGAAAAUAAUGAUCUUUUUCAAAGGUCAGUCUGUGAGAUGGCACGUCAAAUUGGAACGUUCGAAAACGAUUUCGACAACUCCUUGUCGAGUACCCUUGAAUGGCUUGGAAAACGGGAAGAGUUGUGGUGCUUAGUGGUCGAUAAUCUUGAUGAGUUAGAAAUGUCCAAAGAGAUGCGAAAGCUGCUCACUGGCCACUGGAAACAUGUGGCUCGUGGACACAUCAUCAUAACGACAAGAAGAGAAGUUUCAGAAGUUGGAGAGGACACAGGAAUUGAUGAGCAGUGUUGUAUUAACUUAAAAUGCUUAACAGAAGAAGAAGGUAUUUAUUUCCUACGAAAGCGAACAGGUAAGGAUGAGGGAGAAGACAAUGACUUACGUGAGCUAGUCAGAGAACUGGGAGGGUUGCCCCUAGCUCUGGAUCAAGCUGGUGCCUAUAUACGAUGGGUUAAACAGUCUGUAAAAGAGUAUGUGAAGAAAUACAGGAAGCAGAAGCUGCUUCUCUUAAAAAAGAAAAAGGCGCAGCUAUUUGUGGAAAACACCUCUCCUGAACGGCUAGCUGUACACACAACCUGGACGUUGAAUUUUCAUCACAUCAGCCACAUCUCAAAAGAGAUGGAACUUGGAGAAUUCCCCAUUCGUUUCAUGCAGGUUUGUGCUUUUUAUGGCCCAGAUGACAUUCCAUACGAGUUGGUCAAUGAAGGGCUGAAAGAAGAUUGCAGUUCUGCUGAGGAAAGCGGUCUAUGGGAUCAAGCUGAGAUAGUAUCUCUUCUUACCAACUUUUCCCUGUUUCAAAGAUUCGAAUCAGAAUCAUUUAGUGUUCACCGUUUAGUGCAAGAAGUGAUACGAAGCCAAAUGGAAAAAGAACAAACUGAGUUGGUUCUCUCUCGUGCCGUAUGCGUCCUUCGCCACGCGCUGAAAAAUACUCGCUCACCGGCUGAAGUGUGCGAAAGUUUCGUUGAAGAUACUGUGUUUGGUGAGGAGAACCCCCCUUCGUUGCAUCUGUGGGGUAAGUUAGCCUUACAUUCUACGUAUUUGCAGGAGCAUUUGCGUGAUUACUGCGCCAAGCAUGAAGAGUCAGUCCAUACCCUGUUGUACACUGAAGAAACCGUGCGCGUCUUCAAUGAAGCAAGUAUAUUUUUUAGUGUUUCCCAAGAGAAAGUUAAAGCUCAAGAAAUACAGAAACUGAAACUGGACUUUCUGGUGAACAUCACUAAGGCAACCACAGAGGAUGGCACCAAACCGUUCAAGUAUUUCAUUGACAUUCCUUUAAAGGACAAGGAAUACAAGCUGAUAUCUCACUGCAUGAGGCAAUCUUCCCCUGAGGAUAAUUCCCCGGAUGUAGCUGAAACGUCUCGUACCGAGAUGGAAGACAAGGCUAACCAGAUCCGUGAACAAGGGAACUUUGCAGUGAAAAGAAACGAGUUCGAAGAGGCUUCAGAGCUUUAUUCUACUGCCAUAAAGUUAAAGGUUGACGAUUGGAGACUAUUCGCCAACCGAGCCCUUUGUUAUUUAAAACUCGGCCGGCCCCAGCAAGCUUUAGAAGACUGUGAAAAGUGCCUUUCUUUGGAUCGUAAUAAUAGCAAAGCACUUCAACGCAAAAUCUGGGCUCUCCAUAACCUUGUUAACGAGGGAGCUACUCACCUGAAUGGGCAAAAAAGAGCAACAAUGGCAGUGGCCGUUUACUUUCAUCCAAGUCUUCGAACUGAGGUAACGUUUUGUGAAAUGUUUCCAGAAGUACGUGCGCUUUCGCCCAUAGAAAUAACAAAUGAAACGCAGUUGGCUUUCGCCCUAAUGAUGAGAAAAGGAAAUGAAACCUUUUUGCUGCGUGAAGGUAAAUAUAACUUGAAGAAUUUCACUGUCCUCACCAACCUUCAGAUGGUCGGUCUAGAACAGCAGGUAGUUUUAAAUUGUAUAGAAAGUUGUUGCAUAUUGCACCAAUCAAAGUGCUAUUUUGAGAAUAUAACCUUUCCAAAAGGAAGCAGUGGUAUAAUGUGCCAAGGGAAGGAUGCAGCUAUUCACAUGAACCAGUGCGAAACUUCAGGAGGGUUUGUAAGUUGUGAGGAUAGUCCAGAAUGCAACGGUGGACCAGGGUGUAUAGCAGCUUCUCUAGGAAAGCCGGUUUGUGACCGCACUGACAAAUUUGGGGAUCCAGGUUCCGAGUCGGGUGUGGCUGGCUCUCCUGGAAUUCAGAUUACGAGUGGAAGCUCUGCUUUUAUUGAAAACUGUGUUAUUCGAGACUGCGGAGGUGGAGGUGCUCUUGUAGCGUGGGAAGGUGCUUACAUGGAGGUCAGAAAAUGUGAGAUUCACAGAAACCAUCAAGCUGGUCUAGAAGCAAGGCUAGGGGGUCAACUGGUUGCGUUUAAAAACAGGGUAUUUAAUAAUGGUUACCAUGGUAUUUUAAUUGGCCCGAAUGCAGGAGAAUGUGAUGUCAAUGAAAACAAAGUAUUUGAAAACGCAAAGGAGGGUAUUUUUGUCGGUCGCACCGAACACAAGAUAGUUCUGAGAAACAACGACGUCCAUCACAACCGCCUUUUCGGUAUUUCUCUCCAGGAGGACCCUUGUCUGUUGGUCAGUAAAAACAGGAUAUUCGAAAACGGGUUUUGGGGAAUUCAAGCCCAGUUACGAACAUCAGCGAAAAUAACAGAGAAUGUUAUCUCUGGCAACAAAUGUGGUGGAAUUUUCAUUAACGUAAAUUACUCUGGACGGGUUUAUCUGGACUCAAACAUCGUUCGAGACCAUAGUGGUCCAUGGUUAUUUGGAGAGUAUGAAAAGAAAAGUGAGUUUCCCCUUGAAACUAGCCUCCUGAGCAUUAUUCCAGGCAUUACACCUCCUCCACCAGGGGAAAAGAAUGUUUAUUCCAACCCACCUAUCCUCUUUGGAAACAAAGAAUUUAAUAACAAAGAA